CCCUAAUAAAAAUUGAUUGAUGAGCAUUUAGUGGGUCGAGUUAGGCGAAAGGGAAAGUCUAUUUAGCGGACUCCGGUGCUAGGACCGGCUGCUGCCGCCGCUAUACUACGUGCACAACAGGUGUCCACUGGUGCCGUACCGAAUACCUAAACGCCUAUCAUCUUACCCUGCAUACUAUACCCUCUCUACGACCAAUGAUGAACUGUCAAAAGAAAAAAGGAAGCUUCGUGCAGCAUUUAUAAUAACAUCAUUACCCGUUCGAGGUGAGGGUAAGACAAAUCCAUCGGACCGGUGCCCUUUUCCCACUUUCCGGGUCGGGUUCAAUCUACUUGAGAGGCAUACUUUUGGGGACCUAUCCGACAUACCUAGCUCUCACUUUACAAUUCUCAAUCCUCCCAUUAAUUCUCGCCUUAUUCAACUCAACAAAACAAACUAUCCGUAUACAUAAGCACCAUGGGAUCAGGCAACGUGAAAAUCAUACAAUACCUUGUGGAUACGCGGGGCUUAUGGCCAGGGGCGGCUAAAACUAAAGACCUUGAAAGUGAGGCUUCGCGAGCAUUAGCGUUACUCACGGAAGAUGAAAAGGCCGCUGUAUUGCGAUACUAUUUCGUCGCCGACGCGAAGAUGUCGCUAACUUCGCACUUGCUAAAGCACCGGGUCGUCAGCGUAUACGCGAACGUGCCAUGGCCCGAGACUAAGUUGACUAGAGAUGCGAAAACGAAGCCGGUGUAUGUGGACCCGGCGACGGGGAAACAGCCUGUCUUUUUUAAUGUGAGUCAUCAGGCUGGUCUUGUUAGUCUUGUUGCUGCGGCUGGGUAUGAUGGGCAAGUUGAUGUUGGAACGGAUAUCGUGUGCACGAGUGAGCGGCGUACUCGCGAUCACCGGGUCGUUGAUACGGAGGGUUGGGGGAAGUUUGUUGAUAUGCAUGCCGAUGUGUUCGGUCGCUCGGAGGCGGGGUAUUUGAAGGGUGAUUUAUUGAGUUCGCAGAGCCAACCUGGACUCCCGCAGUUGGCGCGCGGAGAGGAGAUUGUGGAUUUUAAGUUGCGUGCGUUUUAUACGCUUUGGUGUCUCCGUGAGGCGUAUGUUAAGAUGACCGGAGAAGCUUUACUCGCGCCCUGGCUAGAAGACCUGGAGUUUAGGAAUUUUCGCGCGCCGCAACCUGGGGAGGGGUUUGUGCAGACGGAUGGCGAUGCGUAUGUGGAGGAGGUUAUUCGCGAGCAUGAGGUUUGGUUUAAGGGGAAGAAGAUUGAUGAUGCGAAUAUUUGCCUCAGGUCUCUGGGCCCGGAUUUUAUGACUUGUUCGGCGGUUAGGACGCCUGAGAAGAAGGAGGAUGCGCUGGGGUGGGAGUUGGGACCGUAUGAGUUUUUGACGAUGGAUAAGAUUCUUAGUGAUGCGGAGGCUAGGAUGAGUACUUGAUGGACUUUACUGUCUUGAUCUUGAGUGGGUGCAUGCACUUCGGUGGUGAAUCUUCAACUGGUUUAUUUAGGUAUGAGUGGAUGGGUAUGUUGGUGUACGAAGUAGGCGUAUACUUUUGACUUAUUCAACAUAAUGAGUCUCAGUGGUCAUUAGAUCAUAUAUUUUCUUUCUUUAUUUAUUAGCUACGUACAUAGAGUAGCUACCCACCAAAACCUACAACCUGAGGCUACGAAGAUGGUGUGUUGUUGACUUGCUUUUUUUUCGUCCUUACAUUGUUGGAGAGAGGGGAGAAAGGGAGGGCAAGGGUCGCAUCGCACCGCACCCAACUCCUGCAGAGUGACGGCAAUAUGCGCCAGAUGAUCUUCGCGACAUCCUACCGAACACGGCAUCCUAGUAGCAUUCCGAGUUCGUGGUGAUGUUAAUGAAAUACAGAUCUAGUCUAAUCACCUAUCAUGAUGAGGAUU